AUGAAAGACAUGCGCCCGAAGAAAAUCAACUACUCCAAUGGAAGCACACCGAUCAGCCGGAAAGACGCCAGUACGGUGUGCGUUCAGGAGACUCUGAAUGAGCCUUUUCAUAUCACGAGCGACAUUUUCGAGUCGCCGGGCAUUUCUGGCGUCGUAUCCAAUGGAGCCUUUGAGCCGAAUUGCAUUGUUGAGCGUGUCAUUCCGGCAAGCGUCCAAGAGGUUUCUCAGAUCAGCUCUUCACGAACGGCGACGGCGUGCAUACCGUGCUGGAGGCAAAAGUUGAAGUGCGUUGCAAAGCACCAUGGUGUAUGCCAACAUUGCUCUAAAACUUCAAUUCCUGUUCAAUUGUGCAUCAAGGAGCGCUUCACCAGUGACCAAGUCUUCUCAAAGUGGCGAGAGAAUGGUUAUCAGUCACAAUUGGCUUGGUACAAUUUGACGCCUGUACAUUCAACCACAGCUCUUCUCUGUCAUGAUUCGCAAGGCCCUACACUUCGAGUUUCCUGCUGCCUCUUUCAACCUGCAUCACCCGAACAAACACGUCUAUAUUACAAGAUCGGGAGCGGGUGGGAUUACAUUGAAACCACUUCGUACGCACUUGACGAUCCAGACCUCGAAAUGAUGAGAAUCCAUGAGUACGUCCAGAGUUGCCUUGGAUUUUUCCUCGCCGGAACUUCCAGUGACAGCUCUCCGCUCCGCACAUUAUUCGAAGUCGCGCCACCAGAGACCACAGAUCCGUUGAUGCGUAUGGCACUUAGUUUGUGGGCAGCAAAUCGUGCUCUUAUGUCAGGCUGGCAAAUGUCGGGGCUCGACUGGCUCGGAAUGUUCCUAGUUGUGGACGAAUGUUCUCCAUUAUAUGGUAGUGUGCCGGCUCCUCGAGUGCUACAGAACCAGCUGGACCGCCAACUUGAGACAUAUAUCGCUACGGUUGAGGCAAAAUUUCUCAAAGAGCUGUCAAGCGCGAUGUUACGGAACCGUCCUUACCUAUCGUUGGCGACACCCUGA